AUGAAGAACUCCGCCAGCAUCCUCGCUCUCAUUCCCCUCGUCGCCGCUCACGGCUUCAUCAAGUCUCCCGCUCCCCGCAUGCCCGGUGAUGCCUUCAAGGCCGCUUGUGGUGAACAGCCCUUCUACCAACAGUCCUCCGACAUCAACGGCAACGUCCAGGGCAUCAAGCAAGUUGUUGGUCAGAGCUUUGACGCCACUGACUGCAACCUCUGGCUCUGCAAGGGUUUCCAGUUCGACGAUAACAAGGACAAUGUUCAGAGCUACAGCCUCGGCGAGAAGAUUGACUUUGAGAUCAACAUUGCUGCUCCCCACACUGGUUACGCCAACGUUUCUGUUGUCAAGACUUCUUCUGACAGCAUGAUUGGUGAGCCUCUCAUUGAGUUUGAGAACUACGCCUCCAACUCUGGUACCGCUUCCAACAACACUGCUUUCAGUGUUACUCUUCCUGAGAGCCUGGGUGGUGAGUGCACCAAGGCUGGAGACUGUGUUCUCCAGUGGUUCUGGGACGCUCCCGAUAUCGACCAGACCUACGAGGCUUGUGUUGACUUUGUCGUCGGUGGUUCCGGUUCUGGUACCGCCCCUGCCCCCUCCGCUUCUUCCGGCUCCGGCACUGCUCCCGCUCCUACUGCUUCUUCCGGCUCUGGUGCCGAGGAGCCCGCUACUUCUGCCCCCGCCGCUGAGGAUGACGAUGAGGACUGUGAUGAGGAGGAGGAGCCCGUCGCUACUACUGCCGCUGCUGAGAAGCCCGCUGCCACCACUCUCCAGGCCGUCGCUAUCAGCUCUGCUGCCGACUCUGGUUCUGCCCAGCCCACCUCUGCCCCUGUCGCCGACGAUGAUGAGGACUGCUAUGACGAGGAGGAGCCUGUCGCUGAUGAGGAUGAGGACUGUGAUGAUGAGUACGAUGAGGAGGAGCCCGUCGCUGAUGAUGACGAAGAGUGCCCUGCUGAUGCUGAGGAUGACUACUAA